GCAAUACUACGUAAAACGUCAAAGUAACAGUUAUUACCUGUCAAAUUGUAAAUGUCAAUAGGAGACUAGUUUGUGACCGGCUUUUUGGAAUUUGUUUAACAUUUUCAAAGCGAUAAUACACCAUGGCUACUCCAAAAACCGAAAAGGAUUUACAUUUACCAUUAUCCAGAGUGAAAACUAUUAUGAAAAGUUCUCCAGAUGUAGAAGCAGUCGGACCAGAACCUUUGUAUUUAGUAACAAAAGUUACAGAAAUGUUUGUCAUAGAUUUAGCAAAACGAGCAUACAAAAACUGCAAAGGCAAUAACUUAGAAUACAAACACAUAGCUGAGGUAGUGCAGGAAGACGAUACAUUAGAUUUCCUCAGAGAGAUAAUGCCUCGAAAGAUUACGGUCAGGCAAUUCAAAGAAAUCAUGGCCAAGAAAGCAGCUAAGGGUGAUAGGUCGGACGAAUCAACAGAAGAGUCCAGCGAAGAGGAGAGUUCAGAAGAAAGUUCCAGUGGUAAUGAGGAAUCAUAGAAGAAAGCUUGGUUUAAGUUGAAUUACGUUAGGAAUUUGUUUUUGGUAUGAUGCGUUGCUUGUGAGUUACGAUGGAAUUAUGCCUGUAUGGAAAAAUUAGCACCGACAUCCAGAAUGUACAAAUACAGUCUGACUCUACUCUGUCUUUUCAGUUGUAUGUUUAAAUUAGACAGCAGUAAUGCUUGAGAUAUAAACAACCACAUGAGCCGCUGAACAAAUUCGAAACUUCAAAUCUAAUUUAUGCAUGUUAGAUAAAUAAAUAUCUUCUCAAAUCUCUUCAGGCUGUCUGGAAGAGAUCGCUUUUUAGCGAUAAGACCGCCUAUUUGUGCACUUUUUUUAUAUGAUGAAAUAAUUGUGUUCAUUUUUCUGUGUUUGGUGUAUACUAUAAAGUAUUUCAUUCAUUCCUUCAAUCUCCACAUUACAUUAAUAAGAUUACUCUUGGAAAUGUAGGAUGCCAGUUAUUCAGCAUUUUUGUUACCUUUUUUUUAAAUUUAUAAUUCAGUAAUUCCAUUAUCAAACAUCUAUAACACUGUGUUGUUAUGUCAGUAUUUCAGUCAUAAUGUGUGAUAUGUAGGAGCAAACAAGUUUAAUCAUUUUUAUGUUGAUAGUAAUUUUUGUAUUUGUAUUUGAACUGUGUUUCUAUGAAUGUUAGUUCAUUUUGUUUGAAGUAUGAUAUGUGACAUUAAAUAAUAAAUAUUAUUAUUAUUUUUUUAA